AUGGCAGCAUACAACAUGGGCCCGAGCCAGUUUGCUGGUGGCGGCUUCAUGCCAGCAACGCAAUCAGGGGAACCUUCACCCAUGGGGGCAAGAACGAGAACGACAAGUGACCAGACUCUGCGUGCAGUUACUGUCCGACAACUGGCAGAGGCCAUCAAGGGUGUAGACGAUGACAACUUUGUUGUCGAUGGAGCCCCCAUCCAAAAUGUAACGCUUGUGGGGCAGAUAAUGGAUAUCCAGACACAGCAGAGCCACAUCCUCUACAAGGUUGAUGAUGGCACAGGAGUGUGCCAAGUCAAGUACUGGACUGACAGUGACGAUGACCUGAUGCAGGACGAUAGGGCUCUGCUGCAAGUUUCAAAGUAUGUGCGAGUGUAUGGACAUGUGCGAGACUUCGACGGCAAGAAGUCCAUCGCUGCCUUCAUUGUGAAGCCUGUCCUUGAGUACGACGAGGUGACAUACCAUUUCCUCAAGGUCAUACAUCAGCACCUGGGCUUCGUGAACGGGCCUCCGCCCAAUGGGGCAGGGGCAACCCCAGUGGGUGGGGCUGUAGGCGGCGGGGUCUAUGGCAGGGGUUAUGGGGGAGGGCCCCCUCCCGUUGGCGCAGGGGCGGGAGCCGAAUUUUCGACCCCGCUGCAAAGAGAGCUCGCGUCUAUUUUCACAACAGAGGAAGUCAGGCGGAAGGACGAGGGGCUGCACAUCAACGAGGUGAUGCAACGGCUCAAGGGGCAGUACUCGGCCCAAGACGUGAGGAACGCCCUCCUCCACCUCUCCAAUGAGGGGAAGAUGUACACAACACUCUCUGAAGACCAGUUUCAAUGGUGUGGAUGA